AUGUUCGACACCGUGUGCACCAUUCCUUUGGCGCACGAACUCUUUGCCCAAGCUAUCCACCCGCGAGAGCCCGUUGUCUCGGCCGGACUCUCCUCUGGGCACGUCUACACAUACCGACUUCCGCCCGCUGCUAGCGACCAAGAAGACGGUGACGCAGCCGCGGCCUCCGGGAGCGGUUUCGGCCAUAUAGAUACUGCCUGGAGAACCAGGAGGCAUAAGGGCAGCUGUAGAACCCUAGCCUUCGGCCAUGACGGUGCCCAUCUCUACUCCGCGGGGACGGAUGGUAUCGUGAAGCAAGCAGACGUCCGGACAGGACAGGUCACAGCCAAGAUCGCCAUUCCCCUCGAGUCUCGAACUGGCAGCAUCGACCCCCCAACGGUUCUACAUGCAUUGACCCCCCAGGCCCUCAUCCUUGGUACCGAUUCGUCCGCUAUGCACGUCUACGAUCUCCGCGCCUUGCGCCCCAGCGAACUGUCGAUAAAACCUCAACAUACCUACCAUCCCCAUGACGAUUAUGUUUCGUCCAUCACGCCCCUUCCCCCCGGCGAAGCGAGCACCAGCGGCCUACCGAAGCAGUGGGUCAGCGUCGGAGGAACGACGUUGGCAGUAACCGAUGUGCGCCGCGGCGUCAUGGUCCGUAGUGAAAAUCAAGAGGAAGAGCUACUGAGCUCCGUCAUGGUGACUGGCCUCUCGAAGCGUGGCACCAAUGUUGGCGAGAAGCUGAUCGUGGGCGGCGGCAGCGGCGUUCUGACACUAUGGGAACGCGGCGUGUGGGACGACCAAGACGAACGUAUCAUUGUCGACAGAUCACCAGGAGGCGGCGAGUCAAUUGACAGCCUUAGCCUGUUGCCUCAGGGUGUCGGGCCGGGAGGCAAAAUCGUUGUAGCCGGACUGGGAAAUGGUGAGCUCAAAUUCGUCAAGAUUGGGCCCAACAAGACGGUGUCCGAGUUGAAGCAUGAUGAGCUGCAAGCGGAAGCAGUGGUGGGGUUAGGAUUUGAUGUCACUGGCCGCAUGUUCAGCGGGGGAGGAAAGAUGAUCAAGGCCUGGCAUGAGAAGCUUGAAGAGGACGCUACAGAAGAAGAGGAGCAAGCAGCCGGCACCAAACGAACCCUUGACCCCGAUUCAGAUGACGACAGUGACGAGGAGGCGGGUGAGAGCAGCGACGAGGAAAGGGAAAGCAAGAAGCGCAAGAAGAGAAAGAGGAGCAAAGGCAAGCAGAAGGGCAACGGCAUUGUAGGAUUCUCUGGUCUUGACUGA